AUGAGUAAUAGCUUGGUAUCUAAUCCAACGAAGGAUAUGAAAAAACCAGCCAAUCCAAAGAAGGGUCCAAUUCAUUGUAUAUUUUUCUUUGGAACAAAUAACUAUGGUUGGAUUGAUGAAGCGAAUAUAAAACAUUAUCAGGAGCAUAAAGAGACUUGUAUAAAGCUAUGCAAAAAUUCAGGAUUUAAAGAAGCCUGUGAAGCUAUUGAAGAAUUUAUUGCAAAAGGAGAAAUUUUUGAAGAUGGAUUAGAUCCAGAUUCUCUAUUUGACAAACUCAAAGAAGAUAGUAUUUCCACAAUUGAAAAGAAGACUCCAAAGAUAAAACCAAAAAAAUUAAAAACAUACAUCACUUUGCAGGAAACUCCGAAAAUAAAGAGAGAUAGUAGUGGUGGUAGUAGCGAACGACGUCCAGCUAAAAAGCAAAGAACAGACUCAAAUGCAAGUAGUAACAAUCGCCUUGGCAGUUUAAGUCCAGCUUUAAAUCAUUCUACACCAUUAAGAAAAAGUGGUUCUCUUUUAGAUAGACCUGCAAAUAUCGCUAGACCAGUUACUCCACCAUUGGAUGUGGAAACGCUUUCUCAGACUCUAAAAAAUAAAAAUAUUCAUGCUUCAAGCUUAAAAUUUGGGUUCCUUGGCCUUGGUAUUAUGGGCAGUGGAAUUGUAAAGAAUUUACUCAACAGUGGACAUAAAGUUAUUGUUUGGAAUAGGACACAGGAAAAGAACGAAUGUUACUUUUAG